AUGACUUCGAUUAUCACAAAGCUUGUCACCAAGAAGAUCUUGGGAGAGACUGUCGCGAACAAAUUCGGCACUGAGGAUCCUUACUUUGAACAUAUUCCAGCGACUCGCCUGGAUGGAACACCCAACGGCAAAGUGAAGAAGCGCAAGAAGGCCCUCCCUCCAGGCAUUACCGACCAUGAUGCCAAGAUCUUGAACAAGGUCAAACGCCGAGCUUAUCGACUGGAUUUAUGUCUCUUCAGUUGCUUCGGCAUUCGUUUCGGCUGGGGCAGCGUUAUAGGACUGGUUCCUGCUAUCGGUGACGUUUUAGACAUGUUGCUUGCGCUUCUCGUAAUGAGGACCUGUAUGAAGGUUGAUGGCGGACUACCUACCUCGGUCAAGGGUAAAAUGAUGUUCAAUGUCUUGAUCGAUUUCGUUGUUGGACUUGUCCCUUUUGCUGGCGACUUAGUUGAUGCAGCAUACAAGUGCAACACUCGCAAUGCUGCGUUGCUCGAGUCUCACCUACGAGAAGAAGGGCGCAAGAACCUCAAGAAGAGUGGUUUGCCGGUACCGGCCGUUGAUCCUAGCAACCCUGAUGAAUUUGAUCGACUUCAAGCGCAGAAUCCGCCCGAGUACGUUUCAAACCCACCAUCUCGGAAUCCAUCUAUGUCGGAGCGUCGUCAACAUAGCCGCAGCCGCAGCCGAGAUCGCCGUCGCGAAGACCGCCCUGCUGAGCCGGCACCUGUACGGGUUCGCGAGAGUCGCGGAUUCUUCGGUCGCAGCAGGGCUCGUCCCAAUGACAUGGAGACAGGAGAAGCUGAGCGUGUAUCUCGACGCCAAAGAUCGCCGCGCGGGGAGCGACACUGA